AUGUCGGGCGGCUUAGUAAAAAUAGCCGACAGUCUGGGUCUACGUUUGCUGCCCCCUCGAAAGAAGAUAAUAGUGAUGAUUAUGGGGAACCACUCGGCCGGGAAAAGCUCCUUUAUAAAUUGGUAUAUUGAGGAGCACAUUCAGAAAACAGGUGUUGCCAUAGAAACGCAGGGAUUUACCUUCAUUACUAGUGGACGGAAACGAGAAUCACUGACCGGCAAUGCCACGCUCCACCUUUACCCGCAUUUCAGACCGCUUCUGGAGUUUAAAGGACUCACAGACUACCUGUGUGCCGAGAUCUCCACCUCCAAGCAGAAGAAGUUCAGCCUCGUGACGUUCGUGGACACGCCGGGGUUGGUGGACGGAGACAUGGUUUACCCUUUCGAUGUCAAUAAUGCCAUCACGUCGUUUGGCGAGCAGGCGGAUCUGAUCUUCGUGUUUUUUGACCCGAUGGGGCAGGCACUGUGUAAGCGAACGCUCAACAUCGUGGAGAAGCUGAGCGAGAAAUGCGGCGACAAAUUACGCUUCUAUCUCAGUAAAGCUGAUGAAGCUGGACGAGAGACGGACAGACAGAGGGUGAUGAUGCAGAUCAUACAAGAGCUUUGCCGCAGACCAGGACUUAACAAAUGUGGAUUUGAAAUGCCCACCAUAUACAUCCCCAAUCCACAGAGACCGAGCCGGUGUGAGAACCAGAUCGACGAGGUGUGUGAGACGAUAGAGAAGAGCAUUAACCAGGCAGUGCAGAAGACCUUGAACCAGCUGGAGAAAGACUGUGAUCUUAUCACCUCAACCAUUAGCAAUAAACUAGAGCAGGACAGGGCUAACGUGAGCUAUAAUAAGAGCAGCCGCUUUAACUCCUUCCUGUGCGGAGCGCUGGCCAUCUUCCUUCCCACAAUCUUCAUCCUCAGUUUUCUUAUGACCACUUCUGCCCUGGAGGAGCUGGACACCCUGGUUGGAGAGGGGAUCGCCAGAAUUCUCUACGCAGCUACGGCGAUAGUGAUGUACCUGUGGGAGUGGAUUCCUGAGGAUGGACAGUUAGUUACGCUGUUAUUCUUUGGGGCGAUGUGCUACUUCUUCCUCUUCCUCGCCAGAUACUUUGCUCGGCAGAGAAGUAAAACUCUGACAAAGAAGGAGAAGAAGAAUAUGACUGAGUACAGAGAAUAUGUGAACGAUAUCGUUAAAGCCAAAAAGAAGAGACUUUAUGAAGAGUACCUGAAGCAGUGUGCAGCAGAGUACGACUUUUAAAACGAGCACGAGCAACAUGAAAGCAUUUUAUACCAGGAAACCGAACACAUCUCUGAAUCAUGUGGUAUGACUGUUAACUGUUAAUGUGCCAAGUUCUGCAGUGUGUGUGUGUGUGUGUGUGUGUGUGUGUGUGUGUACUGUAUUUUUUAUACUUCAUAUAGGAGCCAGUUCUUUGUACAGUAGUCCCCCGUUAUCCACGGAUUUGGGUUUGGUGCUGAAAUCAUUUCACAGCUCUUACUGAACCUAAUUUAUAAUAUAAACGUGGGUUUGUAUGUGGGGCGGGUAGUGCAGUGAUAAAAUACACUAGCUCACCACUGCUGAGAUCUGAGUUGAGAAUCUCAGCAGUACUAAAGGCCAGUAUGUGGAGCAGAAUGAUUCGCUGUGCCCACUCUAAUUUCGGGAGCUGGUGAAAAAAAAAACAUAGGAUGUAUGUAUAGGGAAGAAGAUAUUAUAUAUGGUUCAGUAUUAUUCUGGUUUCAUGCAUCAGCGGAUGCUAUGUUCCAAUCCCCCUUUCAAACCCUAUAUGUGGUAUAUAUUAUUUACAUUUACAUUUUCGGCAGACUCUCUUUCCCAGAGCGACUUGUGCCUAGUUCACACUACACGAUUUUUGCCCUGAUUUUCGCUCACUGACUGGUCGCCGCUAGAUUUGCCGGCUUGGACGCAACUCGGCGUUCGCUCAGCGAUCGACACUCGGCUCUCAAUCGCUAUGUGUGAACUGCUCAAUGACUCGAUCCGAACGGCUCGCCGACUGAAACAUAAUACCAAUGUUGCAUUGCAAAAAGUAUUUAUUAACCUCCAACUCACUACAGAACAAUCCAUGCUGUUCAUGUAGCCAAAUCCACUCGGAUUCAUUUACUUUUUUCUCCUCGACUUUACGCUGCACAUCAGCGCACAAACAACUUUGAUCGCCCGCUUAUCGUUGACAUAGUAUAGUUGAACCCCUCGUCACUUGUGUUUGUUUUCAUGACAAAAUGUAGUUUGGGAGACCAGACAGACUCAUCCGCGAUUCCUCCUGAUGGUAGAUGGUGUAGUGUGAAACCCCCUAUCGCCGAUCAGUCGUGUAGUGUGAAAACCUUGACUGAAAAGACCCGAUUACAAGAGAUCCAGUUGUGGAGUGUGAACUGUACAGAGAUCUGAACAACUUGAAAGUCAUGUAGUGUGAACUUGGCAUUACAGAAAACAUUUCCCUGCUGUAGUUGAAGUAGACAACAGUCCAAGUACACAAAUCUGCUGAAACCCUGUUAUUUUAAUGUACAGUAUGAUAAUAUAUAUAAUGAUAAUGUAUGGGGGGGAAGGGCUACUGUACUCCGUGAAUAUUAAUAACACUUAGUGCCUUUCAAUGUGAAUGAAUGAAUGUAAGUAUAGGAUAUAUGUGUGACCUCUUUUUUAUACUACAUAUGUUUAGUAAAUCGUGAAAGUAUUGUUUACAUGUCUUCAACCUGCACUGAUUCGGUAAUUUUAAUAACAACGCACUGUGACUUUAGAACAAAUGAAACUGCCUUCAUCAAGCCAAGCCUGCUACUGUCUUUUAGAAAUAAUGAUAGUGUGUAUUUCUAUUGUGUAUCAUGUUGUUUCCUCUUUUAUGUUCUGCUAUGAUUUUGAUAUUACAGUAGAAUCUGAGCCUUUUACCCAACAUUAAACUAAACAUUUUGGUGGGCGUCUAAAUAUGAGGAAUAAUUCUGGCCUCUAUGCAUAGAUAAGCUUGAAAACACACAAUUGUUGGGAAUAAGGCCCAAAAAUGCAGUUUAGAUGUUGUGUACAUGGCAAGAUGAAAACUGCCUUUGCUCAAAAGAGUCGGUGUAGAUGUUAAGUUUGGAGUAUUAUGUAUUCAUUUGCUAAGGUUGGGGAUCUCAGUGGCAGCUGGUUUAACUGAAUUUCUUCUGCCUUUCAAAACCAGGUGUAAAUCACCCACAGCCAUGUUACUGAGGGUGGUUGCCAGAUCCCAGAUUUUUCCCAGAUUAUGUUAUAGGCAUUUUGCAUGUGGUACACUUACAUAUAAUUAAGUAUAAGCUUCUGUCUUUGUAAUGUGUUCCAGUGUUAAUUCUGGAUUCUGUUUUUAUCAUUUGCUCUGUAUGUUUCUGUAUUUAUAUAUUUAUAAGAAAGAAGGAAAAUGACAUGGUUUCUAUAUUGCUUGUUUGUUGUGCUGCCUUUUAUGGUGCUUAUGUCAUUCAGAUCUGGCAACCCUGAUCCUACCAGCAUUUGAAGACAUUAAAGAUAAAAGUAAAGCAGUAAAAAGCUGUUGAGCACAAUCCUCAUCCAAUCACCGCCUUUAACUUUGUUGAUUUCAGGAUCAGCAAAACGGAGGUGCAGGGGUCACUCAGUCCCAGCUCAUAAGUGACCCAUUGCUGAUAAUAUAGAUACAGAUUGUUCUUGUACAAUAAACAAUAAAUCCUAUUUGACUAAUACAAUAAGAGCAGGUGGAUUUUAGUAGAAGUGUUGAUCUAAUGCAGGAAUUCCUCUCAACAAGCACUUCAUGAGAAUAAAAUAGGUGUUUGUGAACAGAAGAUGAUAAUUAGAUGCUAAUAUGUGCUGUGUAUGAUCUAAAUAAAACAGUGUUGGGCUGUUUGCAAGAUGAAAUGUAAUUUGAUGAGCUGUCAGUGUAACAGAUUUUUCUUUUGUGUAUAAACAGUACAUUACGAUGGCAAUUUAAGACUUGAUUUAAAGUCUUAUAUAUAAAAUAUAAAACACUAGCACACCAGUGCUGAUAUCUGGACAUGCGUCUAAAUCUCAGCUCUGCUACUGGCAGACAGGGAGCCUAUAGGGACAAAUAUUGGCUCGUCUGAGGGUAGGAAUGCCAGGAGGAUUUUUCACAAGUGCCACAAUUAUGACCUUUGUGGGCUGAUCGAUGGCGCCUGCAGAAAGAUGGGGGAUAAUGAAGAUCAGUGCGUGACUGCUAUCUCGAUCAAGAAUCGUGAGUGGAGUGGAAGUCUGCAGCAGUAGAGGAAGUAAGAUGUAAUUGGAUAUGACUAGAUUAGAUAACAAAUUGGAAGAAAUGCAUUAAAGAAUAAUAAAAUCAAAAGAAUAAAGUCUGGUAAUUAAAGUGGCAUUAUUACAAGAAAAAGCUGCAUUUUUUUUUUUUUGGAAAAAGGGUGAGCAAAAGAAGGAUAGUAACAUAUUUAUGUUCAAACAGGCCGCUGCACCACCCGAGCACCAAUAAUUCAUAAUAAUUGUGACAGGCCUAAUUUAAAAAUAUAUAAAAUAUAUAAAUAUACACUAAAUGUGUGUCUUUAGCAGCCUGAGAAAGAAUUUACUUAUUACAUUUAAUGAUCUAAGAUCAGUCAUUUUGUUCUUGUACUGUGUUUAAUGUAUCUGUGUAUUAGUGUUGCUUUCAUUUUGAAUGGUUGGAAUUUUUAAACUUAAAUAAUUAAAACAUAAAACCUCAUAUUUUGAAUAAUGUCUUCCAUCUCCGAACGCUGUGCUCUGCUAUUUUUAAUCUUUGCAUUAUAACUGAUGUAUGUAUGUAAAUCCUUUAUAAAUAACGUAUCACAUGUUAAUCAUUUUGGUUAAUAAACACCG